AACAUCAGCAUCUAUACAUACAUUACAACCCUUGAAGCUACACAACAUAAAACACUUGAGAUGGCAUCACAACUUGCAUCGUCGCCACACUCAUCCUCACCACCUCAACGCGAAACAUUCCACCCUUUCGCGCAUCUUCCAGCCGAGCUAAGGCUGAAGAUCUGGCAUCAGGUUCUUCAUAUCACUCGACCCACACCAAUCACGAUUACUUUCGCUCCGCGUCGCUCAGCCGUUUCCUCCAUCGAGGCUCCGCCUGGGGGAGACAAGCCACAGAUGUGGGAGGCAGAUGACACGAUACUCCAUCGCGGAAAGCCCAUUCCGGUUAUUCUUCAUGUGUCUCACGAGAGCCGGACAGUGGGAUUAGAGAGAUACGUGAUGGGAUUUGAUGUCAGCGAGGAGUUGCGGGCGUUACCUUUUAAUCAUUGUUGGAAAAGAGUGGAGUGAUUUCGGCCAAUCAGACCAGGGGUAACGAGGGUCUAAGGGUGGCUCCUAAGGACAGAGAGAUUAGUGUAAUGCAUUCCGCUUCGUAUAUACCAACAUUUGACUCAAGUAUAUUUUUAUGGCUC